AUGCUUGCUGUAUCGGACGGCUCACCUUCUACAGCGACUGAUAUCGCGACGCCGUCCGCUGUAUCUGUUGUAUCAUCAUCACCCCCUGCCAUCUCCGGCUCCCCCAAUGAAUCCGGCCCCCCACUACGUCCUCUAAGGUCCAAAUCCUCCCUGUGGAGUAUCGGGAGCAGUAAUUACGACGAAGAAACGGACCCAACUACCCCGUCCAGCGCCGAGAAGACCAACCUCCGACCAUCAAACGUCCUUCGUCGUCUUUCUCCUGCCCUUGCGGCUCGGGUGAAGCUGCUUGACAGCAGCCAGAAGGUGACCAGUGCACCCCGGAAUCCCAACGCAGUCGGGCGGAUCCCGGAAGAACACCUCAAGGAGCUAGACAAUCUCCACCAAGACCUUUCGAUUAAAGUCGAGCGGAGAGGUCAAGCCUGGGGCGGCAUAACAUUUACCUCCCCAUUGUCAAUAAUUAAAAGGCGCACGGAGUCAAAUAAUCUAGCAUUACCUAGCUGCAAUCUCCUAGAGGAGGUAAAUAAGGCGCAAGAACAGGAGCAGGAGGAGCAAGGGACAGAUCACUUCGACGACGCGGCUAUCGACGGUCCAGAACCUUCUGUUCUGGCCGCUACUCACGCUCCAGAAGCCAACUGCUUCGCGACAUCAAUGUCUGUUGCGGAACUUGCCCCCGCGCAGUCGCGCGCAGGAUUUGAAUCAGAAUCUCUACCAAAUAACAAGCCACAGGAUACUCGAACCGACUUUGAGAAAUACGUCGACGACACGAAGAGAAGUGAAGAGGGGCCACCCCUUCCCCCGCCGAAAGAUGCGACCCGUACCUAUUCAAUCUCGUCAUCUUAUAAGCGCGCAGAAUCGAUCUUCUCCUUUUCACGAGCCUCUUUCAGCAACCAGUUAUCCCAACUUACAUCUAUACCCCUCCCGCACCCGGUGACGCUAGAGACAAGUAUAAGAAACAUCUCCACUGCCCUGGCGGCUGUGCGGGCAUUGAAUGGUUCUGCAGAACAGAUUCAAAUUUGGAUCCAAAAGGCAUCAGAUGUGCUCAAUGGUUUAGACUCUGAGGAUGAUGUGGAGUGGGCCGCCGCGGGUGGCCGGGAAGGACUCGAAGGGGUGGAUAAGGCCAUUACCAGAUUUGAAUCGCUUGUCAAUGUAUACACGCAAGCUAUUGAAAAUGUGCAAUUCCGAGACGAUAUUGCCAACGUGGAUGCAGAAGACCUAAGAACGAUCGUCAGACAGAUGGAGAGUAUUCUACAGAACUGGGGACUCAUCAAGAAAAAGCUGAGAGGUGUGAAACAGCAAGUGGAAUUGGCCAUGGAAUGGGAGGAGCUGUGGUCCAACGUAUUAGGGGACGUGGGGACGGAGAUCGAAAGCCUGAGCGGCACAAUAUUUGAGAUGGAAGAGAAGCGACACCAAGCUCUUAUGGAUCCGCCCACUGAGCCCAGUGGUGGCCUCGAUAUCAACGAACUCGAGACUAUAGUAGAAGACCCUCCAACAAAGGGACGAUCACCCUUGAGGGACAGACUCAGCCUUGGACCUGUCUUGCCCAUGUCCUCCUCGACACCUGUCAUCAAGACCCCGCAGGACGAUUCCAGCUACUCCGAUCUCAUGGCUCUAUUUGCCCGCAUGCAACCUCUGCGUGCAUCGUUGGAUUUCUUGCCUAUGAGACUGUCCAUGUUUCAAUCGAGGGCUGAGACCAUAUUCCCUAGCGCAUGCGAGGAACUGGAUGAUCGACGAACCCGUAUGGAGGACAGUUACAAGGUGCUUGAGCAAGACUCGGAGGCCCUGCGGAAGGAAUUGGGAGAGGACAAGUGGAUUAUAGUAUUCCGCAAUGCAGGCGGUCAGGCGCAAAAGAUGUUUGAUUCUGUCGAGCGCAGCAUUGCAAAAGUACAAGAAAGCCUGGAGGCGAAUGCACAGGUUAAUAGCCCGUCGACAUUAUCCAAGCGCAUGGAGAAUUACGAGGCGAAAAAGACGCACUACGUGCCAGCCAUCGAGCGGGUGAUCGCAAUCACGAUGAAGGGCGUGAAUGAGCGUCUGACAGUUAAUGGUGAAAUCUUGCGGCUCCUUUCUGACAUGCAAUCACGCAUGGAUGCACUAAAAGCCAGUAUCAAGGUGAUGGACUCAUCUCUUGAAGACGUGCACAUCGUCAAAGGCCACCAAUUGCGGGAUUCGAUUUCCAGUAUCCUUACCUUGGAUAGCCCAAUCGUGGGCAGUGCCAGCGAGACUCCCAGUAGCUCACCUGCAUCAUCAGUGGUUCUUAGUUACAGCGGAUACAGUGGAUAUGGUAACGGAUACAAGGGAGCUUCGACACCUCUUAAUAGCUCAAGUCGCCAUGAAAGCUCAGCGGGUAGCACCGCGGGACGCUCAACAAUGCCCAAUUCACGACGCUUCUCUGGCAUACCGCAGGGCGCAGCGAAUACUGGUCGGAAAUCGUCCAUUCCCAAACCCAGCGGGCUAACAUCCCCUGGACCGUACAAUCCAAGCAACUUUUAUACCCCCACACCAGCGUCGCGCAGAGUGUCUCGUGUCCCACUGGCGUCUCCAAUGACCAAUCGUCCCAGGUGGAAUGCUAGCACCAAUUUGAACGAUCUGGACACCGGGUAUACUUCCUACAAGACGUCGAGCGGUUCCAGUGGCGGCACAUAUCGACGGCCAGCUUCCACCGUCCCACCCUCUGGACGAGAUAUCUCUUCUCCAGCUCCCAGUCCCGGUCGUUCACUUAGUCGUUUGUCGACCCGCUUUGCGUCUUCGUCGCGAAGCCCUACUCCUGCACGGUCCACUUUGCUUGAUCCGCCCCCAUAUAGCCGGCUUCGCAGGCCCUCUGCUCUCGCCAGCACUACCGGUCUGGUCAAUUCUGCCCGCAACCGAAUGAGUUUUGCGGGAGUGGGCUCUUCCUUUGGCCGCAGUGUCUCACAGGCUCAAAACAAACCUGAGAGUCCAAUUAGGCAGACCCGUCCAGGAACCUCACUCGGUCACUCAUCUACUAAUCGCCGCAUGAGUCUACUUCCUCUUCCCAAGCGAAACGACAAAGACAAAUCUACACCACAGAAAGUGGACACCCGUCCACGCUGGCGGGGAUGA